AUGAAGGUUACUCGUAUAAUAAUAAAUUUAUUGUCGUUUUUAUUGAUUUUAAUAUUACAAAAUUAUUUAAUAGUCCAUGCUAUUUAUACAUCAUUGAAACAAUAUUUGAAAGUAUCUGAAAGAGAAUUGCCUGACUUAUUGGCUAAUGAAGAAAUUUUGAUCAAAGGAAAUCGUCUAUUAACUCCAUUACUAGAUGAAUCAAGCUUUGGUGGUUCUUAUAUAGAUAUAAAAGCAAACAAGAUAAAUAUCAACAUAGUAGAUUCAUCUAAGAAAAAUGACAUAAUGAGCAAUCCUGUAAUGGAAGAAUACCUAAAUUUAUUGUCUUUCAAAAAAAUAUCUAAUUCCUUAGAUAAAUUAAAUGCCGCUUUAUAUGAACUACAUAAUAUGGCUAAAAGAUAUAAUGCAACAAACCUUACAAUAAGUAAUGAAUACGAAUUUAAUAAAAUAGUCUUAUAUUUAAACGUUAAUGAUUAUGAAAAGAACAAAGCAUUUAUUGAUGAUGCUGAAAAACUUUACCCAAAUUUGUUACAUAUCGUAAUUAAGGCUAAGAACAAGAUAUCUUUUAAUUUGUCAUCUAGUUCAUUUGCUUUAAAAACUCGCGAUAUAAAAAAUGUAAUCUUUGGUGGUGACGGUUUGGUUACCGAAAGUGGAGACCAAUGUACUGCAGGUUUUUGGAUGCGUCAAGAUAAUUUUACUUUCUUAGUAACUGCAGGGCAUUGCGCACGAGAUGCCACUCAUACUCCUGAUGGAAAUGUUAGAUUUUAUUAUUACCCAAGUCCUCCCUAUUUGGUUGGAGAAAUGACAUACUACGAAUACGAAGGAGUUGAUAGGGGUUUUAUUUUGGUUAAUAAUUCUGAUAUCUUAGUCGUUCCAAAUAUAAAAAAUGUUGGUAAUGAUACUUAUAGAGAAUUAUUUAUUAUUGGUACUGUAGAUAUAGAUACCGUAGGUUCUCAUAUAUGUAUUGCUGGUGCAAACUCUCACGUAUCUUGUGGCAAGGUAACAGCUAUAAAUAUGGUUGCAGAUAUACGAGGUUUUGGAAAAUUUGGAGGCGUUAUCAAUACAGAUAUCGUGUGCCAAGAUGGUGAUAGCGGUGGUCCUGCAUUCCAAUUUAAAGAUAGAUUCCCUCGAUACGUUUAUUUGGCUGGUAUACUUAUAGCUGGUGAAGGUAAUCUUUCUAUCAUUGAACCACUAAACAAGCUUUUAGAUGAUGAUAUGAUUCCUGUUAGAUACAACCCUAAUUUAUUUGAUUUUGAUACACCUCCGUAG